UAGGGGCUGUGGCUGUGGGUUGCUAGAGGGAGGGGAAUGAAACCAGCGGAGGAGCGUGUGUGUAUUAUCGAACAGUGACGUCACGCAUUCCAGUCCCAAACACCUGGUGACUCGCGUUGGAAUAGGCACGCAGGAAUAUCUGUGAGCAAAUUAGCAGGAUGGUCGUAGCAACUUUAGGGGAGACGCGUGUCCCGUCGGCUCUGCCAAGGAUCCUGAAGGACUAUACUAAAGCCGCCAUACGGACGCAGCCCAAAGAUCUCCUGAUUUGGUCGGCUGCUUAUUUCAGGGCCAUGACCAAAGGUACAGUUCCUCCAGUAAAGGACAGACUCGAAUUCCCGGUGCCUGAGAGCAAGAGCGGCAUAUCACCCGGUGUACUCCGUGUCCUUCAUAGACAGCUGCAUGAGGAAGACGGAGUGUCGUGGGAGGCCCUUAGAGAGUCCUGUCGAGCAAUGGGAGUGGCCGAGGAGACCGCCCAGGACGCCUGGCAGCGUUCAGAAGGGACCGAAGGAGCUCGUGUCGACUGGGACGUUAUUCUCACUCAUAUCGCUGACCUCUCCACCCACUCAAUCGUGGAAGCCCUGCAGCUGGUGAUGCUGGCAGUGACAGACGAUCCGAUCACCCGCAGGGUUCCUUCGUCUGUCGUUAUAGCACAUUACAGCCACCUCCACUCUGGAUCAAACAUCACACCGUCGGCCGAGUACGAGGAAGCCGUUGCUUACCUGAACGAUAUUGCCAAUUAUCAAGACGGAUUUCUCGUCCCAAGUGACUUGACACGACCAUCCUGCCCACCUCUAAAAUAGUUUCAGAAAUAACUCCACCUUAUUAAGAAUCAGAUCUAAAUCUUUGUUUACCCUUUUCUAUGAUCUUGUAAACUGAUUAACCAAUUGCCAGGCCUACUCGCGACAUAAUAACUUAUCACGUCAGUAAAGAGAAUCUAUUGUACUGAGAGAUAUUAUGUAAGCAAAGUUUGUUUCCUUGAAGAUAAGAUAGUUCACCAGAAAGUCGUAUUUUUGUGAAAUUUCUUAAGUCCGGGUUUGAUUAAAACUAAUGAUUUUUUUUUUUUUUUUUUUUUGCAUUCUUGUAACUUUACGGAUAUUUCCUUGUUAUUGCAUCACUACCUCUCUGAACAAUUAAAUUUCUGCCACUUAACAAUAGAUCCAGAGUUAUUAACUGUAUUAAGGAGUGGAGUGCGCAGGAUAGUAGAACAAGAAAAAAUAUUUCUUUGCAGUCUAGGCCCCAGUGGUUAUCAACUUUUUUUUGGCCCAUUCACCCUUUCACCACAUGUCAUACUGUCAUCCUCCCCAACCUCCCUUCCCAAAAUUGUCUGCAUCCAAAGGUGCAUUCCAAAUAAUAUACAUAUAAUACUAAACAUUCUUGGUCACAAUUCGCCCCCGCACCCGAAACUGAAAUUCCACUUAGCUGAGAACCACUGGUCUAGGCUUACGAUAGUUAACGGGUUGUAUUUACGAAAUGUACUGAAUAGUUAGAAGCUCAUAAACUGAAAUAAAAUAAAGUCCUACACAAAAAUCUUUAUUUUGAAACAAACUUGAUGGACACUCUCAGUUAGUGUGAUUAUUUUUUCUACUAAAAGAAUGUGACAGGAAAAGAAAUAAUCCAAAAAGUACUCUGGCACUCACUGACUACUAGCUUGUAGUCUGCUAAAUUUCUUUGCUGACAUUUCGGACCUAGUUUAGCAACAUUCUGUAUGUAUUUUAUCUGGUUCAUUAUAGGUGCAUGCUUUUAGACACAGUUAUGCUAGUGUUCUUUUUUUUUUUUGUAGUACUAUCAACAAUGCAAUGAUUGUCUGUCACAUUUGUUUCUUGGACCAUUAUAAGUAAAUAAAUAAAAUUCAACAAAGUAAA